UCGAUUGUUUAUUAUCUUUGGAGCCUUUCUAUUAUAUUCAAUUUAAAUUAAAUGUACAAUAUGAUUCAAAGAACUAUAUGAUUUUUUAUUUUUGCUGGCAAUCAUUUUAUGCGUUUUAAUGGAAGCCGUACUAAUAAUAGCAAAAACAGAAAGAUUAUCUGCCAAUCCUAAGUUAAAUUCCAAUAAGUUCGUAGCGUUUUCUGCAAAGUUAAAGUACCCAACAAGCGUUACAGUUACAGUACAACCAAGCAACAAGCUUUACAGUUAUAGUUACAACAUUGAUGGCAUUCAGGCCCAAGAGGAUGGUUACCUCAAUCAUAUAAGCACCGAGCAGGAGGCUUUGGAGGCACGAGGUAGCUACAAUUAUACUGACGCCGAAGGAAAUACCUUUCAAGUCUCGUAUGUAGCCAACGAGAACGGGUUCCAGCCGGAAGGUGCUCACUUACUCACAGCAUCACUGAUCAAAAAAGCUCUUAAAUAUAUCGCUGAACAUCCUGAAAAGAAUGGGCAACAAUAAGAACAUUAAACUGGAAAUAGAGUAGAAUCGGUGGUGGACUUAGACAAAAGAAAAGAUAAGAAGAAUUCGGCGCGUACUCAAUCGUGAUUGCAUCGAAACAUGGGGCACUCAAUUCCCGAAAUCAAUCCUGCAAUCUUAAGAU